CCCAGCUAUCGACUUCAGCUUCCACUCUGGCCAAGCGAAAGACUGCAAUCUGCUUGCUUCGCCUCUCGACAUCAACUGCCUGCCUGGACCAGCACCUCCGCGACACACUUCUCGCUUGCAGCCUGCCCAAGAUGUCGACAAAGAAGGACAUGCGCCGGCCGGAUCUGGUCGUCCCGUACCAGGCCCCCGCCAGCAAGGCCAGCGACCCGGCCGACUUUGGCUCGACCAUCUCCUCGACGCUGCCCAUGGCUGCCAUCUUCACCCGUAACAAGUACCUCGGCUGGGCGUCGCUGGUGUUCGCGCUCCAGAACUGGCUCGGCGAGAGCGAGGACACGGCCAACAACGCCUCCACACCCGGCUACUUCACCGUGGGCAUGUCAGCCAUGUCCCUCGCCGUCACAUAUCUCCCCCUCUUCCUGCCGCAGCCUCCCAACCAGAGCGCCAGCUCGAGCACUGGCCCUGCUGCCCCCGUCGCCGCUUAGAGAAAUGGAAGCAGUCAAAAUUACACUCGCGCGAUUUACCGUUCCCUCGCGACGCAAUGGGGCCGUAUCGUCGCCCUGAGCUGUCGUCGUGUAUGACAGCCAUAAUAAGCAGUACCAUUCACGGUCUGCAUAGCAUUAGCGAGCACCCCUAUAAUGGGCCUUCCUAAUCCUGAAAAUGGUUGGGGACGAACAUUAUGCUGGAGAGUCAAGGAUCAUUCAACCAUGAUGGCGGGUCCCUCUUGGGCAAGUGGGAUCAUCACAAAUAGCGUCGCCUUGUUCCAAUGACCCGGCCGAAGCAAGGAAGCACAUAAUGUUUCAUAUCGUCAAUAAAUACCUUUUGUUGAAUAUACACAGAGCUAUUGGGUCUCAUUGUGACGCGAA